AUGUUAAGUGAAGCGGAAUACCUGAUACCGGAAAGGGAUGCAAAAUACCGUACAAUACGUGACAUAACAGUGGAGAAUGGCAUCAAAGAUAACCUACAAGUCGUGGAUCAGUACAUUCUGGACACAUUUGUCAAGGAGAAUAAGACCCUGGUCAGGACACUGGCACUCGAGGGUUAUAAUAACUUACUGACGGUCGUGGACGCCGAGGGGCACGACGUGAUCGCCACUCUCAAGAGGUAUAACAAGAUAUCGAUGCAGGAGUUCGUCCAAGACUUGGCUCAGUUUCAGAAAAAUCGCGACGAAUUGCACACAUUUAUACGGCACGGCUAUGCAGAGGGUGUAUCCAAUCUGGUGGACACGGACAGCGAGCUUGUGAUAGCAAAAAGUGAGCAAGGUAGGCACGCCUUACACAUAUCGGUGCUGUUCGCUAACCUCGACAUAAUCAAUGCGUUAAUCGACGCCAACCCUCAGGCGGUCAACACUCCCGACAACUUGGGUCGAACUCCACUCCACUACGCUAUGGCCAGUAGUUUAGUGGAGGAGAUCGGACGGGUGCUCAUACGUGCCGGUGCUAACAGAGCGCUCCGGGAUGUGCGUAUGCGAACUCCGAGCUAUUAUUUCGUAUACAAACAGGAGAUCAGAGAUAUCAAGGAGGAG